ACCUGUUAAACAGAAGAUUAACCAGCCACAUGUUGCUGCCUUCUGCCUCCUCCGCCUCCUCCUGCUGCCGGCAGCCGGUGAGGUUUUGGGUGAGGAUUGUCAGGCAUAUACUGAUUAUUUUGGCGAAGUACAACCUGCACAAUCCUGUCCUCAGUUCUGCUGUGCAUUUUGCCUGGGUCUAUUCUGGUGCUCUGACGUACUCCUAAAAUUUGAUGAACAACAGUCGCAGUCCGAUCAGCUUAAUGAAAGGAUGCCUGGCCUAGAAGAACCUCUAGAAGCUUUAAACAAGAUCAGAGAGAAAACCAGUGAACUCCGUGAAUCGCUGUCCAACAACUGGAUCUCUGACUCAGAUUUGCAGAUUUUUCAGGACCCUGAUGAUUUCUAUGUUUCUUCUGGCCCCAGUUUUGGAACCCUUAUUGCCAUUGGAAUUACUGUUUGUGCAGUGAUUGUCAUUACUAUUAUUCUGUGCCUCACCUGUUCCUGUUGCUGUCUGUACAAAGCAUGUCGAAAACCACGGCCUGUGGUGACCACCACUGCCACCACAACGGUGGUUCAUUCUGCCUAUCCCCAACAACCAGCAGUGCCACCCAACUACCCAGCAGCUCCAUAUCAAGGCUACCAGCCCGUGGCUAUCCAGCCCCAGCCGGGAAUGCCGGUGGCUCCGUACCCUGCGCAGUACCCUCCCCCUUACCCCAUGCAGCCGGCGGGACCCCCAGCUUACCAUGAAACUGUGGCAGCUGGUGCUGGAGCCCCUUACCCCACCCAGCCCCCUUACAACCCUGCUUACAUGGAUCCUCAGAAGCCCAUCUAUUGAAAAGCUCUUCUACUGUGCUUCUGCGUACAAAACUUUUCAAAAUAUAAUUUGUUCUGUUUACACCAUGCACCUGUACUAUAUUUUUCUGGAAGACAACAACCUUUUGUUCAAGUAGAGUGAAAAUCAGUUCAGUAUCUUCUUUUUUUUAAUGCUCCAAGGAAGGAGUAUUUUUCUUGCAGAAGUUAAUUUAUACCUCAAGCAAAUACAAAAAGAGAUUUUGCUCUAGAUACAAUGAGAAAAGUGCGAAGAAGGGGUAUUUCAGAAAUGCAGCACCACGAUAACAUUUGCUGUGCAAUGGUCUAAUCUGAGCAUUGUCAAAUACCCAAAGCUGUAGCAAUCUUUUGCACAGUAUUAAAAUGUAAAAACAUAACCUCUAAGCAACUACCUGAUAUAUGUUAUGUAAGUUCUGGCUGUUUUGAAGCUACUAUUGUUAGGUAAGAUACCAUUUAAUACAUUUCAUUUACCAUUCAAAAGGGAAUUUUCCUUUUUUGCAACACCUUUACCUUUGGUAAAGGGUAGCAAACCAUGUCUAGUUGUCUUUGAACUAGUUCUAAAUAGCACGAGUUGGUAAUUUCCUUGUUUUGUGUCCCAAUUUUAAGGCUUAUAAACUGUGCCUCCAUUGGGUGUUACAGCUAGAAAUUAACAAACUCUCUGCCACUUAAUGGACCAAAUAGAUCAAAAGCUGAAAACCUGAAAAUUCUUCAUAAAAAUUAUUGGAUGAGUAUUUCUUGUUCAGGUAUUAUUGGCCAAGCUUGCUUCAGCCAUCUGUUGUUGAUGAGUUUGGAAUUAAAAUCAGCCCCUUAAUCACAUGUUAAGCAGGAGUACCUUGGCAGCAUUCAGUCCUGCCUCAUCACAGGGAAGGAAUUUAUUUUACAGGAGAGAUGGGAUGUCAGCAGAAGAUUGGGGUUUUCAAAAGCUCGGGGUUUUCCACUGUCUCUAGUGGGAACUGUAGGUGGCAGAAACCUAAGAAUUACAGACCUUUAUAAACCCAAUCAGCUUUGGUAUAACGAUAUGCUGGGUGAGGGGACACAGUGGGGAUUAAACCUCCCUUUUGUCUUCAACAUUCCCAUAAAGCUGAGCAGAGAAUGAGAAGUCAGGGAAAGGAAGGAUUUGGUCACAGCCAGGUAAUGUAUUUUUAAGAAGGUGAUGCUUUCAGUCAUGAAACAUCUUGAGAUAUCCUCAUGACUAUUACCACUGCUGAGGUUUUAGGCUUUAUGAAUCUUCUAUUGCUCAAACAAGGAGGUUUUUUUUUUUUCACUGUCCUCAACAAUUCUGUCUUUUCCAACAUUGAAAUGCAAUUUGUUUUUAUUCGUCAUAGAACUAUGUAGUUAUUUGUAUGUAUCACUGUGACAUAAUCAGUGAAAUAAUUUUAACAUAUCUUUUACACUGAUAAUACUUUUUUUAGAGAGGCCAUUGAGCUGUUUGUCCUGUGAUUCUGCAUUUGGGGUAUAUAUUAUUUGGUGGCAUGGUUUUACCUCACAGAGUGGAUGGAAAUUGCUGCUGUCAAAGGCAGCCUUGUUCCUAUUCCUGAUUUUUUUAGUCUAUUUCUGGAUUAUUCCAAUUCUUUUUUUUUAAGGAAGUUUUCAGGGCAUUUCAGAAGAAACUUGUAGACAAGUUUUUACAUUGGGGUUCAUGAUAGCCUGUGCCCCUGUGUUACACCUCUUUGAGUGUUGAAGUUAAUAGCAUGAAAAGUGCCAAGAGGCACUCACAGAGCAUGUAUCCAUGUAUCCUGUGUCUGUGUAUUCCUCCUCUUUCCUGCCUGUCAGCUGAGAAAUCGAGCAGAACUUCACUACACUGUUAGGUGUUACAUGGGAACAACCAAAAAGGAUGGUGUCUCCUGUAUGGAGGAGGAAGUGUUGCCUUAGAAAUCCAGAAUGUUUCUGUGUGGGAGGGCACUGAGUAACUGCAGAAAUAAAUCCCUUGCUAUAAAUCCUACCCCUGGUGUUUAUUCAUGGAGAAAUUGGGCAGAGAUUGUUCCAGCACCUUUGUUAGACUGUGUGGAGCCAGGCCAGGGAGAGCACAGGUGCAGUGUCCAGUGUGGGGCUUCCUGAGGUUGUUACUGUGCCCUGCUCUUCCUGUCCCCCACCUGGUGUGACAGAGGGAGCAGUUGGUGGCAGUCACAGUGUGUUGUGUUUGGGUUGUGAGAGGGAAAUCUGCAAUUUCAUGGCAGGUUGGCUCAGUCAUCCUUGAGGACGUAGGAGGAAAGUAGAGUGGCAGCAAUAAAAAGACAUUCCCAGAUGUGAGGUUUUGGUGUGGAAGUUGUACAGACCAAAUAGAUGGUCCUGAGUUGCACUGCUCUGUGUGGUGGUGGGAGAUGAGGGGUAGGGUUAAGGAGCCUGAAGAUGAACAUCUUUCCUUCAGUGGACAUGUGCAAAUGGUAACUAUAUACAAGUGAAGAGAUCAAUCAUUAAUAUACAAGGGACUGCUUUAGCAGUACUAAUUCAGUUACGAAACUUACUGAAAGAAGAGAAAAUUAUCCAGUUCACAAUUAAUCAGAUAUUUUCUUAUUGUUAGUGCAUUAAUCAUCAUUAACAAUGAGGUGUAGGACCAGAUUUUAUUUGGCUCUUGCCCUGCAGCCUUGUUGAAGCUUGUUUUCAAAUACUGAAGAGAAUGGGAUGAUUACAGAAAAGGUGGAGAUGAUCCAUAAGUUUUGAGUUUAAGCACUGCUGAUGAGUCAGUCCCAGUAGCUGCUGUCUUCAUGUCAUUUGUUCUCCACAGUGCUGUAGGGAGGGGGAGGGAGCUAAGACUUUAAAUGUUGAUAUAUCUUUUUUUUUUUAAAUUCUGUAAGUGCCUUUGUUUCAGAAAUGUUCUGUGAAAUUAAAGACAGUAGAAUAUUGAAUUUACUAGAUAAUCAUUGUUGCUUUUGUUACAUACUGUAACCUUGCUUUGUAUGUUGUUUGUAGGUUAAACAUAAGUAUUCAAACCAAAUGGCAUAAACUCUAUGCACCUUUGUAAUAAAGGCAGUGUUUGAAGUA